UCAAUCAUAACUUCUCACUCGCUCUCGCUCUCUCAACUAACUUUUUACAACAAACUUGAGCUUCUCUAUAAGUCGUAGGUUUCAUGUUCUUUGAAUCCGCAGCACAAACCUUCGUUUUCCCCAUUAUUUUAUUUUCCUUUUCAUCUAUACUUAUCUAUUUAAUUAGGGAAGCGCAGAGUCAGAGAGAAUAUGUGUGUAUAUAUAUAUAUACACGCAUGUAGGCGCACACAUACAGACGCAUACACAUAUGUAUGAAACUCUGAGAAAAAGCUAUAGCCAUAGCUAAAGCUUGGAAAUCCCCAAAAUUUUGGCUUUUAUUAUAGUUUUGGUUGUUUGAGCUGAGUGGUUUGGGAGGGUUUAUGGAAAGGAGUGGAGAAAUGUGGGAUCUAAACGAUUCGCCGGAUCAGAGAGGGGACGACGAAUCGGAAGAUGGGUGCUCGUCGCCGGUGGACGGGGAUGAUGAGAAGGGGAAACGGGUCGGAUCCGUGUCGAAUUCAAGCUCGUCGGCGGUGGUUGUGGAGGAUGCUUCGGAGGAGGAAGACGACGACGGAGGAGGUAAGAGCAAGAAAAACAAAGCGGCGGCGGGUAAAAUUUUCGGGUUUUCGGUGGCGGCGGGUCCCAACGACGACAACUGCUCGUCGCCGGUGACGCGGCAGUUCUUCCCCGUCGAUGACUCGGAAAUGUUCGCCGGCGGAGGCGACGGCGACGGAUCCAUUUACUUGCCGAGGGCUCACUGGGUGGGCGUUAAAUUCUGCCAGUCGGAACCGCAUGCCGGCAGCGCCGCCGCGGAGAAGCCCACAGCCACGGAGGUCUCCCAGCAGCCCAUGAAGAAGAGCCGCCGUGGCCCCAGGUCCAGAAGCUCCCAAUACCGCGGCGUCACAUUUUACCGGCGAACCGGACGGUGGGAGUCCCACAUAUGGGACUGCGGCAAACAAGUCUACCUAGGCGGAUUCGACACAGCACAUGCAGCCGCUCGUGCAUACGAUAGGGCAGCAAUCAAGUUCCGGGGAGUGGAAGCCGACAUAAAUUUCAGCCUUGAAGAUUACGAAGACGACUUAAAACAGAUGAGCAAUUUAACCAAGGAAGAAUUCGUCCAUGUUCUCCGGCGACAAAGCACCGGCUUUCCCCGGGGGAGUUCCAAAUAUAGAGGCGUCACUUUGCAUAAAUGCGGUAGAUGGGAGGCUAGAAUGGGCCAAUUCCUGGGGAAAAAGUAUGUUUAUCUGGGUCUCUUUGAUACUGAAAUUGAAGCUGCCAGGGCUUAUGAUAAAGCUGCCAUAAAAUGCAAUGGCAAGGAUGCAGUUACAAAUUUUGAUCCCAGUAUAUAUGAGAAUGAACUUAGUUCCGCGACUGAGACUUGUGAGAAUGCAGCUGAUCACAAUCUCGAUUUGAGCCUGGGGAGCUCGAGCUCGAAGCAAGGUGAAGAAAAUGUGGGUCACAACUCAUCUGCAAUGCAGUUUGAGAUGGACUGGAGGCAGCCAGCAGUAGUGUCUAAUAAGCAACAGGCGAUUCCAGGUGAGCGAAGGAGGGAGGGGUACAACGAGGCAGAAGCAAUGCAGCUCCUGAGCCGAACGCACCUGCAUUCGCCUGCUAGCAAUGACCAAAUCCACUCUACAUAUGGUCAUUUUGUGAAACCGGGUGGCGAAUCCCACAUGCUGCAAAUGUUUUCGCCACACUUGAGCUCACCCAGCUAUCAAUUUCCCAGCAGCAGUAACAGCGGGGGACGAAUUGGAUGGGGGGGCAUCGGGGACCUAUCGCUCUCGACCACAACGAGCAGCAACCACAUUCCGCAAUGGCACCCAUCAAACCCCCCUCCCCCUCAGCUAUUUGCAACAACUGCUGCAGCAUCAUCAGGAUUCCCUCAGCAGACCUUAAGACCUCAGAAUUGGCCUCAUCACAAAAAUAAUGGCUUCCACUACUCUUUCAUGAGACCUCCUUGAAUUAUUGAUCCUAUCCAAUUACAUUUUUAAGGAUACAUUAUUAUUGUCUUUAUUAUAUUGUAACCUUGAAAACCUCAAGGAAUUGAUGUUAUCUGAGAAUGUACUGCCACCACUACUAGUAUAUAUAAAUUAAAAUCAUGGUUCUUCAUUGGAACCAGGAGAAUGGGCGGGUUGGAAAAAUUUUUGGCAAUUUUCCAACUCGAUCUUUGGAAUUAAA